UGUUCUGUGCCACUGUACAGUGCUAUUGUUUUUCAUCAUUUAUGACUUAUGAAUUUUAUGUUAUUGUUACAGAAUAGUAAGGUUAUUGUUGAUUUGCAGUUGGUCAAGCUUUAUCAAAUACAGAUAAUCUGCAUAUUUCUGAGAUCUUUGUUGUUGAAAGAAAGUUAAAUGGAAAGUACAACAGACACUUCUGAAAUAUCAGUACAGUCUUCUUUGACUCCUAAAGAAGCCAAUGUGACAACUGAAGAGAAAACUCCUGAUAGUUCAGAAAAUACUUCAAAACCCAAAGGAAAAAAACGCAAGAAAGUAAAAGAUUCUACUGCACCUAGAGUACCCCUUACAGGUUAUGUCAGAUAUUUGAAUGAUCGGAGAGAAGUAGUAAGAGCAACAAAUCCUAAUUUGUCUUUUGCUGAAAUAACAAAAAUGCUAGCAAGUGAAUGGAGCACACUACCAGCUGAUAAAAAGCAACAAUAUUUAGAUGCAGCUGAACAAGACAGAGAACGUUAUACUAGAGAAUAUAAUGCGUAUAAACAAACUGAAGCAUAUAAGUUAUUCAAAGAACAACAAGUUGAUAAAAAAGUUAAAGAAAGGGAUGAAACUGUUAAAACUCCUGCACCAAUUGUUCCUCACACGCCAACAGUACAAACGAAAGACUUGCAAGAUAUGGACUUCACAAAUUUGGAUAUUCCUAUUUUCACCGAAGAAUUUCUGGAUCAUAAUAAAAGAAGAGACACUGAGUUACGGUCUUUGCGGAAAAUAAAUACAGAUUAUGAACAACAAAAUGCCAUCCUUUCCAAACAUAUAGAGAAUAUGAAAGUAGCUAUUACAAAAUUAGAAACGGAGAUAAUGCAACAAGAGAAAAAUAAUGCAUCUCUUCAAAAACAUUUGAAUCAUUUGAGAAAUACUCUGACCAGUGGUUUUGGAGGAGUAAAAUUGCCUGGAAUAAAAGAAGUAGCAACCCUUCAAAAUAUAGACAAUUAUAUGACAAACUUGCAUUCAAUUCUACUAGAGAAUAGUAGUCAUGAUGCUACUCUUUUGAAAACUGUACGUGAAAUUGUGGGAAAAUUAGAAUUUAAUGGAUGACAAGGGUGUAGAACAUCUAAAAGGAAAAGAAAGAUUAAAAAAAUUUUUUGAAGAUGUAAUUGUUCAAUUUGUAUUUUAUAUUCAUAUUUUGUGACGUAAUUGACAAAAUUGAUUACCUGUUGUCUUAGGUAAGUGUGAUUCUCAAUAUGCUUAUUUACAGUAGUAUUUAGGAAUAUCUUUAAAUAAAUAUUUAACCAAUUCACAUAGUUUUUGAUUGUGGCUUGAUUCUUGAGAUUAUAAAUGUUUUCUCAAGUUUUCUUAUAUGAAGUAGAGUAGUAUUUAGGAAUAUCUUUAAAUAAAUAUUCAAACAAU